ACUUUAAUUUCUUUAUUUUCUCUCCUUCAAGAAAGUAAACUCAAAAUCAAUGGCUCCAAGAAUCAGACCCGUCGGAAGUUACGCCACUCAGGAAAAAUACUCUAUCAAUUUCUUUGGAGAAGAGUUAAUCGUCACCGUAACGCCGGAUCCCUCCGUCAUCGGCCAAUGGAUCCACGACGUCCUCUCCAACAACCGCUUCUCCUCUCACCCCCUCGUCGUUGGAGUCGGCGUUCAGUGGACACCGCCUGGUUACUACUCCGAUUCUCCACCAGUUAAUCAUUACUCCGAUUCUUCAUCAGGUGGUUACUACGAUCCUCCGGCGGAUACACUCCAGCUAUGCGUUGGUAAUCGAUGUAUCAUCAUCCAGCUCUCUCACUGUGACCGCGUCCCCAGGGUCCUUCACUAUUUCCUUGCGAAUCCAGAUUACACGUUUGUCGGUGUCUGGAAUAGUCAAGACGCGAGGAAGCUAGAGCGAUCUAGACAUCAGUUAGAGAUUGAUGAUCUUCUGGAUUUGAGGAAGUACGUUGAAGAUUCGAGAGGAAGGAGGAGCCUGGUGCGUUGUUCAUUUGAGGUGAUUGUUGAGGAAUGUUUGGGUUAUCGAGGAGUGAGGCUAGAUCGAGAGAUAAGCAUGAGCGAUUGGAGUGCGUACGACCUUUGUGACGAUCAGAUUCUUCAGGCGUCCAUAGAUGUUCAUGUUUGCUUCAAGCUUGGUGUUAAGUAUCGUCUAUGGAAAGUUUGAGAAAACAACAUGUUUAUAAGAUCAGAGAUGGAUUAAAGGAAUGUAAUGUUG